UGGCCCAUGGGUGAGAGCACAGUGAAGAGGACAUGGUAUAAAAAGAGUCGAGGGAGCAGGCAGAGCAGGGAGUAGAGUCGCAGCUUUCAUAAACUCAGAUUUAAUAAACGUGGAAUAUAUUUACAAAACCAGGAAAACCAACUUUGCAUAUACAGCCUUCUUUACUGGUCGGUAUUUUCUGCUUGUUAUCAGAGAAGUCACCAUGGCACAACUGAUGAAUUAUUGGAUGUGUUUGCUUGCACUAAUGUUGACAGUGACCUCGAGCCAUGCCUUGAGAAGAAUCGGCCUGCGGAAGAUGCCAUCUAUCAGAGAGACACUGAGGGAGAUGGGUAUUUCUGCAGAGCAGGUGUUGACUGAGCUGGCCCAGAAGAGCACAGAUGACACGAACAACGGGACUGUUCCCACACCUCUAACCAACUACUUGGAUACUCAGUACUAUGGGGAAAUCAGCAUCGGCUCUCCGGCCCAGAUGUUCAACGUAGUGUUUGACACAGGCUCAGCAAAUCUGUGGGUGCCCUCACAAAGCUGCUCACCUUUCUCCACUGCCUGUUUUACUCACAACAGGUACGAUGCCUCCAAAUCCCAGACUCACGUUGAGAAUGGAACCGGAUUUUCCAUCCAGUAUGCCUCUGGAAAUGUUAGGGGAUUUCUGAGCGAGGAUGUGGUUGUGGUUGGUGGCAUUCCUGUGGUGCAAGUGUUUGCAGAGGCUACCGCUCUGUCUGCCAUGCCCUUUAUUUUUGCUAAAUUUGAUGGAGUCCUGGGGAUGGGUUAUCCAAACGUGGCCAUCGAUGGCAUCACUCCGGUGUUUGAUCGCAUCAUGUCUCAGCAUGUCCUCAGAGAAGAGGUGUUCUCUGUCUACUACAGCAGGGACCCAAAACACUCCCCAGGUGGAGAGCUGGUCCUCGGCGGCACUGACCCAAACUACUACACUGGAAACUUUAAUUAUAUGGACACCAGAGAGACGGGCAAGUGGGAAGUUACCAUGAAAGGUGUUUCUGUGGGGAUGGAGAAGAUGUUUUGCACUGAGGGCUGCACUGCUGUCAUCGACACAGGCUCCUCCUACAUCACAGGUCCAGCCUCCUCUGUGUCCAUGCUGAUGAAAACCAUCGGAGCACAGCUGGAUGAAAGUGGAUACAAAGUCAACUGUGACACUGUUAAGACAUUGCCAAGCGUCACUUUCCACCUGGGUGGCCACGAGUACUCCCUCACUCAGGAGGAUUAUAUCUUAUGGCAAUCACAGAUUGAAGGGGAUGUCUGCACUGUCACCUUCAGGGGCUUGGAUGUGCCGCCCCCUACAGGUCCCAUCUGGAUUUUGGGAGCCAACUUCAUUGCCCGCUACUACACAGAGUUUGACCGUCGCAAUAAUCGGAUAGGAUUCGCUACAGCAGUCUGACAAGAAGUUAAACAUCCGCCAUGUUGCUCUGUUUUAUUUUUCUCUAUCUUUGCUGCUAUCUCUUAUUUGUCCAGUUCUCCCUUAAAGGUCCAGUGUGUAACGUUUAGAAAAAUCUUUUGGCAAAAAUAGAAAUAAUAUUUUCAUUAGUGUAAA